GCAAAAUUAAACAAAAAGGUUAUAAUUAAUUUUUUACUUAUUUUAUACUUUUUACAAAUAUAAUUAAUUAUUUUAUUUCAUCGUUGGAAAAAAAAGGAGCGGAAUAAUUGUUUAUAAUUAACAAAGAAAUAAAAAAAAUGGCAUCGUUGAUCUUUGUAUUAUUCGUUUUGCUAAUUUUUGGAAAUGACGGAUUCUCACCACAAAGUGAAUUUCACACAUCUCUAAUUGGAAAAAUAACAAAUGAUUCAAGAAUUAAACAAAUUUUGUUUAUACAAAACAAAACUGAUGAAACACAAGAUUUGUCAAUAAAAACAAAAUUUCCAUCUAUAAUCGUUGAUUAUUUGAAUGCAACAGAAAAAUUCGGUCUAGAAUUGAGUGAAUUGUUAAUGUUUAAAAAUUCUCGAUCAACGUUAAUUGUAAUAAAUUUGACGUCAUUAAAAUUUGAAACAAACAAUUUGGAAUUAUUAAAAUUUCUACUUCAACUCGUCCAUAAGGAAGAGAGAUCAAAGAUUUUAAUAAUAAAAAAAGUAACGACAAAUUAUCGAAAAAUUCUCAAAUUUUUGUGGUUGAAAAAUUUUUUGGAUGUGACAAUUUUAGAAAUGAUUGAGGCAAAAGAAGGCAAUGGAAAAUUGAUUUUUGACUUGAAUACCAAAACGAUAAUACAACAUUAUUACAAUCCAUUCACUGAAAGAUUUAUUAAACGCAAAUUUUCAAUGGAGAUGGAUUUGUUUCCUGAUAAAUUGAAAAAUCUUCACAAAUAUCAAAUGAAAGUGGGAUUUUUUCAUUUUCCACCUUAUCUCACAAUUAUUCAAAACAAAUCAGUAUUGAAAUUAGAUGGUCCAGAUUAUCAUCUUGUGAAGAUACUUUCUGAAACAAUGAAUUUUAAAAUUUCACAUGUUAUUUCAAAUAAAACAAGUUGGGAUGUGAAUUCUUGUAUUAAAGAAAACAAUACUGGCCUUACUCGUGCUUUAAUAUACAAUGAGAUUAAUUUUGUUGGUGUUCAAUCUGGUAGAAUAAUAGUUCCCUGUUAUGAAAAAUAUACAAAAUAUAUUGAGGUCAAUUUUGGAAAGAUCUAUAUUUCAGCAAUAACACCGACUUUAUCGAAUGAAAUUACUCUACGUUUAGUUGAAUGGAAAUUAUCUCUUUUGUUGUCAGUCACUUUUUUACUUAUGAUAACUUGGCUAUUUCCACGUUUUGUACAAUUAAAAUCACAAAAUUGGCAAUUAAUUUAUUUAUUUGGAAUAAUGCUUGGAAUAUGUGUUCCACGACAACCUCGUACAUUUGCAGAGAGAAUUAUUUUUGCAAGUAUGCUUAUCAGUUGCUUUUUUCAUUCGUCAGUAAUUUUCUCCGCAUUUACAAGUAUUAAUUUACAAAUGAAAUCAGAUGCAGGAAUUGAUACAUUAAAUGAUUUAUAUUCAUCAAAUUUCACGCCAGUUAUUCAUAAAAAUAUGUUAAAUCUUUUUCAACUUGACGAUUUGACGGUGGCAAAUUAUGUAAAGAAAGCAAGUUCUAAUAUUGACAUGACUAAUCAGGAUUGUAUUGAAUAUUUAAUGAAGUAUAAAAAUAUCACUUGUUUUAUGCGAACAGUCCAAGCUGAUUUGGCAAUAAAUAAUGCUAAUAAAGAACAAAUUAGUGUUGCAAUGCGAAAAGUUAAAGAAUAUGUAUCAGAUUCAAUGAGUUUCUUGAAAUGUGAACCAGGUUUUCCAUUUGAGACAAAUUUUAAGAAGAUACUUUCAAGAUUACAAGAAGUAGGAAUUGCUUAUAAAUUGAAUGAUAAAUAUUUAAAAAGCAUCUCGAAAAAAACUACAAUGGCUGAUGAUUUUCUUUCUGAUAGCGAUGCAGCAAAUUUACAAAUUCGACAAAAUAUGCUUUUUAUUUUGGUUUUUGGCUUCACUUGUUCGAUGCUCACAUUUAUUGGCGAAUUACUUAUGCGUAAUUUUUUUUAAUUGACUUUUGAAGUUUAUGUAAAAUUUAAUUUUUUUUUUUUUUUAAACCGAAUUCAUAGUGAAUUUCUUUUGAAUGAUCUUCUUUAUUCAAAUUCAAUUAUCUUAAAUUAUUUUUCAAUUAAAGUUUUUUAUGAAAUUUAAUAAUUGUUUAUAAUUUAAAAAAAAAAUUAGCA